AAAACAUCAAAUUUAUUAAAGUCAAAUAAUUGAAAGAAAUGGAUAUUAUAGAAGGAAGGAGUGUUGUGAAAGGUACACUCUACCUCCUGUUAACAGUGAUCGGAAUCCCAGGUAAUGUAACUAUCAUUGCAUCAUUUAUCCAUGUUGCCUAUUACGACCAUAAGCUCCUUGCAGCAGAUACAAUCGUGUCCAAUUUGGCCACUGUGAACUUGUUAGUGGCCCUAGUAAGGUGUAUCCCAGAAACCACAGCAGCAUUUGGAUUAAAGCAACUAUUUGAUGACAAUGGUUGUAAGAUUGUAAUUUUCAUCUACAGAACCACCAGGUCUUUGUCUAUCUGGCUGACUUGUCUACUUAGUGCUUUUCAAUGUAUCAGUUUGACUCCAGUCACUUCAACUUGGUCCACUGUCAAAAGACAUGUACAAAAAUACCUUGGUCCUGUUCUUGUGUUUUUAUGGCUGCUGAACAUGUCCUUAAGUACUCCAGCCAUAUUAUUCUCUAUUUCCUCAGCAAAUAACAGAACUGGCAAUAAACAUGCUGUGAAUCUUGAAUACUGCUUUGUGAGAUUCCCGUCGCAGGCUAUAAAACUGGCUAAUGGUGCACUGCAGACCUCCAGAGAUUUUAUACCCAUUGUACUUAUGAUCCUUGCCAGUGCUUAUAUUUUGCUAGUUCUGUACAGACACAGGCAGCAAGUAAAAGAGAUUCGGGACUCAAGCAAAAACCAGAGAUCCACAAUGGAGACCCGAGCAUCAAAAGCAGUGGUCACUUUGGUUACUCUUUAUGUUCUUUUCUUUGGAAUUGACAACAUUCUCUGGAUUUACACCCUGACGGUCACUAGGACAAUGCAGACCUCUCUCAUCUCAGAUCUCCGAGUUUUCUUUUCUUCACUGUAUGCAUCAGUCAGCCCUAUUGUUAUCAUUAUUUCAAAUAGAAAAGUCCACAACAAAUUAAAAUGCAGAAAGAUAAAAAAAGAAGCAAUGUAUUCGGAAACUGUAUCUUGA